AUGGUGUCCUGCUCUGAAGAUGUCCGUCACAUGACGGACGAAAGCUCAACACAGAUUAACCGGGGCCCCGGAGCGAUGCGCAGAGGACCUAUUCGCACAAAUAUACAGACACGGCCCAAGGCAAUCCCUGUACAGCUUACAGUGAAGUCAACUUACGAUUCCCUUCCACUCGCCUCUUCAAAAGAAAUUAAAGGACAGAAUAAUUUUCAUCAGCAGCCUCAACAGCGUACGAAAUUGGGUCGUAAGCACAAAGUUGCGAGACGUUACUACUUGUCACAAAACUGCGGAUAUCAGUGGACAACGGAGCAGAUGCGACGCAAGCCAGGCCUCGGCAAAACCACGUUUGGUAUCGGUGAUGAUGCACGCUCGUAUUCGACGGCUUCAAGACGGAGAGUCGUGGACCAAGACGUUUUACUUCCACCUGCCCCUGAUUCGGCUCUUCGUACACCUCCGUUUCCAGAUCGGGCUGAGCAUCUGGCUAGCGAAAUAGAUGCCCACUUACAUGAGUAA